AUGGUGGCUGAGAUUAGCACUGUGGAUCAAGAUGACGCCGUCGUGGUCGAAAAAAAGAAAAAGAACAGGCUGAGGAAACUGAUACCCAAAGCUCUGAAGAAAAGCAGCAAGAAGAAUAAGCAAAAUAAUAAGGCAAACUACAAGCAAAUGAAGUGUGACGACGGUGACGAUUCCAGCGACGACGAGGACAGAGGAUUGGAGAAACAGGAGUCUGCUAUGCAAAAAGGCAAGCCAUCAUCAAGCAAUGAACAUGAAAGUCACGCCACCAGUCCAAAUAAACCGGCAAGCAAAACAAGUUUGACAACACCAAAAGUGCCAGACUCGGACACACCAGCUAGUCAUCCAUUGGCAAAGCUUAUUGUAAAGAUCAAUAGCAGCGAUGACGACGAUGUUCGCCAUCCGCCAUCUGAGAGUCACAAAUCACUAUCGAGCUCCAAACCAUCACCAACGAAAAAAGAGGAGGAACCGAAGAGCACCAAGAAACUGGAUGAGACGACGAAAGCAAGCUCGUCGAGAAAGUUAAAGCCGGAAAAACGAUCCUCAUCAUCGAAAAAGCUGGAUAAGGAAGACAAACCCUCGUCUUCCAACAGGAGUUUGGACAGCAAAUCAUCGAUAUCCACGACGUCCUCAUCCAACAAGAAACUGGACGACACGACACCAUCAAGCUCAUCGUCGUCGAGAAAAUUAAAGUCAGAAAAACGAUCCUCGUCGUCAUCGAAAAAGCCAACAUCCUCCAACAGUUUGGACAGCGUAUCAUCGUUGAAACCAAGCUCGUCAAGGAAAUUAAAGAUGGAAAAGCGAUCCUCGUCAUCCAAAAAAAUGGAUAAGCAAAACAAACCGCCGUCGUCGAGAAAAUUGGAGAAACGACGGUCGUCCAAGAAAAUGAAAAAAGAAGACUCCCAAAACAGCUUGGACAGCAUAUCAUCGUCGAAAAAGUCAAGUUCCUCAAGAAAAUUAAAGGGAUCGUUAUCAUCAUCGAAAAAGAAUAAGUCACUGAAGGAAGACAACGACCUAGAAGAAAAACCAUCAUCAUCCCGCAGUUUAGAGAGCGCAUCAUCGGCGAAACCAAGUUCGUCGAGAAAAUUAAAGGGAUCAUCGUCAUCAUCGAAAAAGAAGUCAGCGAAGGAAGACAAUGACGAAGAAGAAAAGCCAUCGUCAUCAAACAGUUUAGAGAGUGUAUCGUCGUCGAAACCAAGUUCAUCAAGAAAAUUAAAGUCAGAAAAGAGAUCUUCUUCGUCCAAAAAACUUUUGGGCAAGGAAGACAAAGCACCCUCUUCAAGAAAGCUCGAGAAACGACGGUCGUCCAAGAAAAUGAAAAAGGAAGACUCCAUGAGGACCACAAAGCAAAAGGAAGCUCGCAAACAGUCAUCGUCGAAACGGAAAAAACGCGAAGACAAUCUGGAUAAGGAAUACCUCCGUACCCAAUUCCGAAAAAUAGUGCGCAAGUUAAUCUGGACCAAUAUUUUCUUUCAGCAGACGGCUCUGAAAGCGCUGGAAAUGCAAAACAAGGCAGACGAAAAGAGUUACCAAAAAAGUGGCGGUCAGUUGAAGGACAUGUUCUUUGAAGACGUCGAAGAGGGGGAGGAUUCUGCCGAGCCCGUCAAUGCUGAAUCAUCGGCACAAGUGGUAAUGGCACCACCAUCUCCAUUCCUGAAACCGAGACGGAGUUCCAUAAAGGAUAUUCAGGUGGACGCCAGCCUAAUGGACUUUGCAGUAAGCCCAGUACCUACGGAAAAUAAACCGGCUGUUGUGACUACUGGGACUGCUUUGCCUUCGGCGCCUGAUGUACAUGUGGCGAGCAAACCCCAAAAGGUGGUCCGUUGGGCAGAAGGAGCAGCUAUAUUGGACGUGAGAAUCAUGCCCAAGCAAUACGAUCCAUUUACCAAAUCGAUGUGUUUCUACACAGACCACGAAAUCAAAAGGUUUCGAUUUGAAAAGUACUUGGAAGAACAUGAAGAUGAAUUCGAGGAAGUUGUAGAAGAUGGGGAGUACGAGUGGGUUGAGGAGGAGAUUAUUGAAGAAAUUGAAGAGGUGUAUGAGUUUGAAGAAGUAGAAUAUGUGUACGAAGACGAUGCGGUGUCAAUAUAG